GGGCUUAGAGCCACAGAUAAGAUUUACAGAUAGAGAGGGAAGAAGGGAGAGUGGGGUUAUACUGCCAUCUCACUCACUUGCUCUCACACAGGGACUCAGAUAGGCUGGUAUACUGAUUUUCUCUGCACUUACUCACAGAAGCAACAGGGUCAUGAUGACCCAAAGCCUCCAGAAUGGCUUCACUCUGGAAAACCACUACCUCCAGGAUCUGAAGGGGCCUGUCCCUGUGCCCACUCAAUAUGCUCCAAGGCUGGGUGUACGCCGGGGGUCAGGCCCUGUGGAGCCCCAUAAGGACCAAGAGAUCCAGAGGAAUCGAUCUGGCACUGUACCCGCUCAGGGUGCUCCUCUCCUGGGCUCAUGUCGUGGGCAGACCCCUGCUCCUAUGGAUGUCCAGAUGUGCCAGUCUAUACAGCCAUGCCAUGCGGAUCACCAAGGAGACCUGAGUGCUGGGCAGCUACUCAAAUGGAUGGACACAAUCGCCUGCCUCGCUGCUGAGCGUCAUGCUGGGAUGGCGUGUGUGACACUCUCCAUGGACGACAUCCAGUUUGAGGAGACUGGAAGAGUUGGUCAGGUGAUCACCAUCAAGUCCAAAGUCAACAGAGCAUUCACCACUAGCAUGGAGGUGGGAAUCCUUGUGUCAGUGCAGGAUGUGAGGGAACAUGUGGAGAGAUUGGUGUGUGUGGCCUACUCCACCUUUGUUGGAAAGCCAGCGGGACCACAGAAGGUGUUAUUGCAACCGGUGGAGAAUCUGUGUUCUGCAGAGGAGCAGUUGCAGCAUUCUCUGGCCUCAGAGAGACGAAGACUCCGCCUUUACAAUGAACAGACCUUCAGUACCCUGCUACAAGACUACCACACACUAGCCAACGGUAACUGUUCCUCUCCAGGUGUGUGUAGCAGGAGAGACCCGCUGUCUGCCGUGUCCACAGAGUUCACGCGUGUAGAGAGCAUCGAGCUGGUCCUGCCUCCACACGCUAAUCACCACGGCAACACCUUCGGAGGACAGAUCAUGGCCUGGAUGGAGAACGCAGCCACAGUGGCAGCCAGUCGUCUGUGUGGCUGCUUCCCCUCUCUGAGGUCUGUAGACAUGUUCCGUUUCAGAGGUCCCUCCUCUGUAGGAGACAGACUGGUCUUUAAGGCUAUGGUCAACAACACAUUUAACAACAGUAUCGAGGUAGGUGUCCGAGUGGAGGCCUAUAACUGUGAGGAGUGGACUUCGAACAAACCGCGUCACAUCAACAGUGCCUUCCUCAUCUACCAGCUGGCUAACACAUCAGGAGAUGCACCUGCCUUCCCCCAAGUCACAUACACCACCCAGGACGGGGAGAGGAGGUAUCUGUCUGCCAUUGUCAGGAAGAGAAUACGCAUGGCUAGAAAGCACAUCCUGUCCUGUAAGGAGGAGGCUCCUCUCUCUGUCCCCUGGGAUAAAAGCAACCAGGUGUAUCUGGGCUAUAACAACGUAGCUGCUCUGACUGUACUGGCUGGGAAACAAGACUGGGAGGCCAGCAGCAUCAGUGACAGGGUCGGUGUGUAUGUCCAUGAGGAGGCGGAGCUGCUUUGUGUCCAAGUUCAGAUGGAGGUCAUGACCUCUGCCCUCCAUGCCUUCACCCUACUGGUUGACCUCACACUGCGACCUCUUUGGGACACACACUACCUGAGCUGUGAGGAGGUGGAGAGGGCGGAUGAGGAAGAGACGGUGUAUCACAUUAAAUGCUCCCCCAUCAAUGGAGGGAAGAGCCGAGACUUUGUGUUCCUGCUGUCAAAGAGGCAGCCCUGCAAAGACGGUGACCCCUAUGUGGUAGCCCUGAGGUCUGUAACUGUGACGGCAGUUCCCCCUGUGGAGGGUUUCCUCCGUAGCGAGGCCAAGUGUGCCGGGUUCCUCAUCCACAGCCUGGGACUCAACAGCUGCAAGGUGUGUUACUACAACCAGGUGACGUCAGGUGUGUUGCCGUAUGUAGCAGGUAACCUGGCAGGCUGGUCCAAGUCUAUGGAGGAGACGGCUAGCGCUUGUAUCACUUUCCUGGAGAGAGACCUCAUCACUAGCGUCUUCUGAUACACUAAACAUGAGUCUAUGAUGGUGAAUUGAUACAGCGGAGAAUCAUGAUUCUAAACAUGUCCAUGGCUGCUAAUACAGGUGUUACAUUUACAGUAACCCACAAUGUAUUUGUGAUGUUUAUGUAACAAUUCAGAGCAAAUUUAGCUCAUGUAUGUGGUGUAGGUCUUAUUUCAUGAAUUUUGCUAUAAAUAUUUCAGAUGUUGAUGUGAGUAAUGUACAGUAACAUAAUGACACUCAUAAUGACAACCUAUUCUGUAAAUAACAAAUAAAACCAAUAUGUUUUUA